AUGGAUCAGAUCGGUCACGGUACUCACGUCGCUGGUAUUGUGGCCGGAAAGUCCGAAUUGUUUGUUGGAGUAGCUCCGGAAGCCACAUUGCUCUCAUAUAAGGUCUUCACUGACUAUGACGGAACUGACGACGAAACACUCAUUGACGCUUUCCUAGCGGCUUAUGAUGCGGGUUUGAACAUUCAAAAUGCUGGGGGACACUAUACUCUCUUCUAUUUUGACGAUUUGUCUACCGACAUGCCGUCGGUUUCGAGAAUUGGUGGGUUUGUUGGUAUGGUGGAGGCAAGAACUGGCAAAGCCAUGGUUGAAACCAUUGCGGCUGGUGGAAGCGUCAUUACCGACUUCGCAACAUUAAGUGGUGAGACUUAUUUCGUCGGGAUGCCAAAUUACCCGAAUUACGGCGGUGGAUUCGCCAAUUACUUUACGAGCUGGGGCGGCCUCUACGAUUUAAGUAUCAAGCCUGAUAUUGCUGCACCUGGAGGUGACAUCCUAAGCACUUGGCCCACGGAUUCGUGGGCAGUUGCAAGUGGUACAUCCAUGGCUACUCCUUAUGUAGCUGGUGUUGCGGCUCUCUAUAUUGGUCAAUACGGCGGCAGGAAGACGAACCCAAAUUUCAACUCCACGGAACUCAUCAUGAAAAUAAUUUCCAGUGGGGAUUCUAUUGCAUUCAACGAUGGUCAGACCAUGACCGAUUACGGAUUGUAUGCCCCAGUUCCGCAGGUCGGCACUGGCAUGAUCAAUGGCUUCAAAGUGCUGAAUUACACCACCUUACUGUCAUAUACGAAAUUUGAGCUCAACGAUACGCAUCACUUCAGCCGUUAUCAUUCUGUGCAGAUUACCAACAAGAAUCCUUCCGCUACGGUUACUUACGAUUUUGCAAUGGAAGAUGCAGCGGGCUUCGAAGUCUGGUCUGCUGAAAGUACACGACCAAAGGAUCUCUUUGAGAUUAAGCCCAUCAAGAUCGUCCCAACAGUAACCCUGCCCAAGACAGUGACUCUGGUACCUGGGCAAAGUAAGACAGUUCAGUUCAACUUCAUGUAUCCUGAGGGCUUGGACAACAUUCCUUUAUAUAGUGGGAAAAUCCUUAUUUCAUCAAGCCUGGGUGAGGAGCUUUCAAUACCAUAUAUGGGUCUCGCUUCAAACCUUGAGCAAGACAUGAAGAGUCAAUUUCAGGAUGGCUAUCCAUACAUUGUGUCGGGCCUUGACAACGUUGCGAUUGAUCAGAAGUCUUCGUAA